CAGGAUCGAGGUGUGUUUUUAAGUAAAGAAAAUUUGGUUACUGUCGUACACUGUAGGAAUGUAGGGAGUGAAGAAAUUGGAAGAUGAAGCAUGUGAUAAUGUUGAUUUUAUGGAAAGUUAUUAGUUUGACAAUCUCCAUCACAUCAGCAGCCUCUGUGAUAAGGGAACUAAAAAACCCAAAUCCUAAAGAUGAGUUUUCACUCAUGUCAAAGUAUGGAGCUGACAUGAUCAUUGUAGGUGGGACAAACUAUAUUCAUAGAGUGUUUUCCAGGAAUUUAAGUAUAGAAAUAUCAGAAAAAAUAGGACCCAAAUUGGACAAUCCAGACUGUCUCAAUCUGGAGAAGGUUACAUGUAGUAAGGAAUUGUAUAACAGCUAUGUCAAAGCUCUCCUUAUUAAUAAGAAAAAGGAACCACAGCAAGAUGAAAUCAUCAUCUGCACAAGUUUGUUUCAAGGAAGUUGUGAUAAGCGGAAUGCAUCAACCCUUGAAUUGCUUCCAAAAUCUUAUCCACAAACAGUGAACCCUGUAGUGGCCAACAAUAAGACAGCCACAACUGUAGCCUUCCUGGCACCAGGACCCAAAGAUACCACAGCCAUGUAUGUGGGGGCGUCCUGGACUAACACAGGAUUACGAGCCAUACGUGGUCUUGUUCCAGCGUUUAGCAGCAGAAACACUGAGGACUUUCAAUUUACACACUCAAGCAUUGCAACCAAGUCUUACACUAUGUUGGAUGAAAUAAAUAAGGACUCCUUCCCUAUUCGGUACAUUUACGGGUUUGCAUCAGGAAAUUUUAGUUAUGUUGGGACAAUUCAAAAAACCAGUGUUGCUGCUGAGGGUUAUAUUUCUAAGUUGAUAAGGGUGUGUCUCUUUGAUGAGCACUUUUACUCCUAUGCAGAAACUGCUUUAGAAUGCAUUCAUAAUGGAAAGACUUACAAUUUGUUGCAAACAGCUUAUGUAAGCAAACCUGGUAUUCAUUUAGCUGCAGCUCUACAAAUUCCAGAAGAUGAAGAUGUAUUAUUUGGAAUGUUUGGACAUGGAAACCCAAAUGACCUCAUAAAAAACAGUGGAGAAUCUGUUUUGUGCAUCUAUCCAAUGCGUUAUGUAAAACAAGUAUUCACUCGAAAUAUAAAGACUUGUUUUGAAGGCAUUGGUAGAACUGGACCUGACCAUAUUGCUACACCCAAUAAUUGUCAGAAAACGGCUUUAGACAUAGGUGAUGAUUAUUGUGGACAAUAUGAUUUCAACAAUCCAAUCAGUGGUCCAGAAGCAGUUAAGACUGAUAUAGCCAUCAGUAUUAAUGCCACAGCUUCAUCACUGAUAGUGACUACAACAAACGCUGGAUACACAGUAGCAUUUGUUGGUACCAAGACUGGCCACAUAAAAAAGAUUGCAGUUGAAUCUGGUAUUAAUGCUAAGGAGUACAAAGAUAUGGCAGUUGAAUCAGGAUCACUGAUUCUUAAGAACAUGUUUUUUGAUGAUGACAAGAGACAUCUCUUUGUUUUGACUCCAAAGAAGUUACUGAAGCUGGUGGUUCAAAGCUGCAGUCAAUAUACAACGUGUGAGGAAUGUAGGGGUGCAAAGGACCCAUACUGUGGAUGGUGCUCCUUGGCUAACAAAUGUACAUUAGCACAGGAUUGUUCGGAAUACACUUCUCCCUUGAAAUGGAUGGGCUACAAUGGGGAAACUUGUACAAAAAUUACACAAGUUUACCCAGACAAAAUUCAAAAAGACAACAAAUUGACAAAAACUACCACUCUUACAUUAAAUAUUUCCAACCUCCCAACCUAUAAUGGGUCAUACAAGUGUGCAUUUGAAGGAUAUGACAAGAAGAUAGAGACUGUGGCGACCAGAACUAGUGCCAAUGUUGUGAAAUGCAACACUCCCAUGCCUAAUGAAUUGCCACCAUUUCCAACAGGAACAGAUCACAUUACCAUGAGGCUGUCAAUCAUCAUCAUGGAAAUAAACUUUGUGUCCGCCAACUUCACAUUUUUUGAUUGUGAAGUACACACCAAACACUCAUGCUAUAGAUGUACUUCAAGCAGUUUCAACUGUACUUGGUGCAUUAAAAACCACCUGUGUACUCACCAUCCAGUGAUAGACUGUAGCUCUAAUGAUGACUUCAUAUCAGGACAAAAUAGUGCUGGAAUUUCUAUACCUCAUGAAAGUGGACCAAACUUUUGUCCCAGCAUAGACCCCAGCAAACAGCAGAACAUAUUGGUGCCAUCAGGAAUAGAGAAGACAAUCACUCUAAAUUUAAUCAAGUUAAAGUCUUAUCAGAGGCCCAUCAAGUGUGCUUUUGCAUUCAACUCCCAGACAGAGCCCCAGGGAGAGAUUGCUGAAGUGUUUGUCAUGCCAGUGGUUGUGAUGAUCAGAUGUAAAAAGACCAGGUUUUUUUAUCCAGGGGAUUCAGAGAGUUACAAUGUGCCAAUGAAGAUUCUGUGGGGUGACAAGUAUCCCAAGCCUUUGGACAAUCCCCAUAAUGUACAAGUUAUCAUGUACAAAUGUGAGAAUAUGGCUGAUACCUGUGGAGAAUGCCUAACUCAGAAAGAAGAGUACACUUGUGGAUGGUGCAAAAAGACGAAUCAGUGCAGCUUACAGUCAUCGUGUGUGUCUCCAAAUAGCAGCUGGUUACCAAACACCUCCAACUGUCCAAACCCCAUUAUAACAAGGAUUUAUCCACUUACUGGCCCUAAAGAAGGCGGAACUCUACUGACUAUAGAGGGGAGAGAUCUGGGAAAAUCCUACGAAGACAUUGUCAGCAAUGUGGACAUAGCAGGAGUUCAGUGCUCUCCUAUACGUAAAGAAUAUGUGGAAUCCAAGAAAAUUGUUUGUACAACUGGUCGAUUUAUUGGGAAGGAAGAGAGAUCAGACAAAGUGAGAGUAACUGUAGCAUUAAAACUAACAGCUGUGUCCAAACAACACUUUACCUAUGUGGACCCAGAAAUUACAGAUAUCACACCUGCCCAAGGUCCAAAGUCAGGUGGAACUCAGGUCACUAUAUUUGGAAAAAAUUUAGAUUGUGGGACUGAAAGAAAGGCAUAUUUUGGUCGCACUGAAUAUGAAUGCAGACUUGAUAAUCAAAGCAUUACAAGAUCAAGGGUUACCUGUGAAACAGCUCGAGCCAAUAAGACACUGGUUACAGAGGAGUUAUACAUGAUGUUUGAUAACCAGCUGGUUAAGAGUGAUCUUGUCUACAAAUAUGUGGAGGAUCCUAAUGUUACAGAGGUGGACAGGAAAGUCUCCAUUGUCAGUGGAGGAUUGAAAGUCCUGGUCAAAGGCAAUGGUUUCCUGCCCAUCCAGAAUUCUUCGCCUAAAAUGGUCUUCUACAGUCCUGAUCCACUCAAGAGUCCCUACUAUGGAGAAUGUCAAGUUCGUGAUGAUGUCACAAUGGAAUGCAGUACCCCACAAGUGGAACCAGCAUUGAUCACUAAGAAACCUCAUUCACAAGACCAGCAGGGCUUGGCCUUUGGAUUCAUCAUUGACAAUGUCCAAAAUAUACGCAAUUUCAGUGCCUCACACAAUGAAUUCUUUCAAAUUUGCCCUGAUCCAGAUAUCAGUGUUUUUCCUAAUGACAAAAUAAAGUCAUUCCAGUGGAAGAGCAAUGAAUUUUUAACAAUAAGUGGAAUCAACCUUGAUCAGCUUCGAUUGGAAAAGGAUGAUGUUGUGAUAAAAAUAGGUAAAAGUGAAUGUAAUAUAACAUCCACUGGCAGACAAUUAACCUGUCGUCCACCAAAGGCUCGCCCCACUCCAAUGAAGGGGGGCCAGUAUCCAGAAGUGGAAGUUACAAUUGGAAAAAACCUGACCUUCUUUGUGGGUUACUUGAAGUAUGAGGAGACAGAUUUGGCUUUACCCCUGGAGUACAUCAUUCUUAUAAGUGUGGGAGGUGGGGUCCUCAUUCUGUCUGUCAUCGUCGUCAUCAUCAUGUACAGAAUGAAGAGCAAGAAGAACAACAGCAUGAUGAGAAAGAUGCAGAUACAAAUGGACAACUUGGAGUCUAAAGUAGCGAAGGAGUGUAAGGAAGCCUUUGUGGUUCUGCAGACAGACAUUGAUCAGCUGAUGAAUGACUACAUGUCUGGUAACAAUGCUAUUCCUUUCUGGGACUAUCGUUCCUACUGUAUGAGGGUUUUGUUUCCUCAGGAUGGGGACACAAAUCACCCUGUCAUCAAAGAUCUGGAGGUGGAGUAUUCCAGGCGAGACAAUGUAGAGAAAGGUCUGAAGUUGUUUUCUCAGCUGAUCAGCAAUAAGACGUUUUUGCUGAUUUUUGUGAGGACUCUAGAAGGACACAAGCAGUUCAAAAUGCGAGACAGAGUCAAUGUAGCCUCCCUGAUCUCAGUUGCCCUGCAGACAAAAAUGGAAUAUGCAACAGAUAUCCUUAAAACCUUAUUAGCAGAACUGAUAGAGAAGUCUGUGGAUGGCAAAAAUCACCCCAAGCUGUUGUUACGAAGGACAGAAUCGGUGGCUGAGAAGAUGCUGACUAACUGGUUCACCUUCCUAUUGUACAAAUUCUUGAAGGAUUGUGCCGGAGAGCCUUUGUUUUUACUAUAUCAAGCCAUGAAAAAACAAGUAUCUAAGGGACCAGUCGACAUGGUUACCAGUGAGGCAAGGUUCUCAUUGAGUGAGGAUAAAUUAAUUCGCCAACAAUUGGAUUACAGACAAAUGGAGAUCUUUGUAACAGACCUGCAUGAGUUUGCCUCCCCGAUUCCAGUCCGUGUUCUGGAUUGUGACACCAUAACACAGGUGAAGGAGAAGAUCCUGGAUGUACUGUAUAAACAUGUUCCCUACAGCAGCCGACCAGUCAAAGAGGACGUGGACUUAGUUUUGUAUGAUAAAUCUGCUCAUACCACAGAGUGGGCUAACAUGAACAAAGGAGGGCGGCUGAUCCUACAGGACGAUGAUUCCACAACACGUGUGGAGGGAGAGUACAAACGCCUGAACACACUUAGUCACUACAAGGUUCCUGAUGAAGCUCUGAUGUCCUUGGUGGAGAAACAGCCACCAUCUUACAACAAUCUAUCUCUGACCAACUCUGAAAAGUCCACCAGAUUUUAUGUUCCAGAGAAAUUUCAGCCACAUCACACAAGAACUUCCUCUUUUCAAAGAACUCUUUCUCCACAAGGUGUUCAUAUUGAAGGUUUAGAAAACUACGGUGUUAAAUAUUACCAUUUAGUUAAACCUCAUGACAGUGAUCCCACUGGUGAUGGAAAUCGUGGGAGUAAGAUGGUCUCAGAAAUCUACCUCACACGUCUGCUAGCCACGAAGGGAACACUUCAGCAGUAUGUGGAUGAUUUGUUUGAGAGAAUUUUCAGCACAGCCCACCGAGGCACUGUGCUCCCUCUAGCCAUUAAGUACAUGUUUGACUUCCUUGAUGACCAAGCUCUUCUUCACAACAUUAUGGAUACUGAGGUAGUGCACACUUGGAAGUCCAAUAGUCUUCCACUGAGAUUUUGGGUGAAUGUUAUAAAAAAUCCUAAUUUUGUGUUUGACAUUUACAAAUCCAACAUUGUGGAUUCUUGUCUUUCUGUGGUUGCUCAAACUUUCAUGGACAGUUGUUCCAUGAGUGAACAUAGACUGGGCAUAAAUUCUCCCUCCAGUAAACUCCUGUAUGCCAAAGAUAUCCCUAAGUACAAGAAAUGGGUUGAACGUUAUUACCAAGACAUCAAGAUGAUGCCAGCUAUAAGUGACCAGGAUAUGACUGCGCUCCUGACUGAUGAAUCAAGGCAACAUGCCGAUGAUUUCAACACAACGGCCGCCCUUUAUGAACUCUACAAGUAUAUUCAGCAGUACUACGAAGAUAUUAUGAUGGCUUUAGAGGAGGAUGAAUUUGCAAAGAAGAAUCGACUGACGUACAAGUUAGAGCAAGUCAGACAUGCAAUGGAUUCAGAACUAUAUUGUUAGACUAGCUGGGAGUUGAGCUCCUUGAUGAGAGUUGAACUACUGGUGAAUGAAGUAAACUUUUGAGGAGUUGAUCAACUGAUUGACAAGAUAAACUUGCAGUUUGGACUCCUAACUGCUGAUUACGGCUGAGACUUGCCAUGACUCCUAGUUGUCUUGUGUUUGCUUUUUGUUUCAUAUCAACUUAUUCUUUUACUUUAACAGCUGUGUGCCAUAUUUCAAGAAAA